AUGAGCGUCAGCUACAUCACUUGGAUGCACCAAACAGAUAGUCCGGUGUCGCUGCCGCCGGUAGUCGAACACUUGGCCGCCGCAGCCGCCGCGUCCCAGCCGUUGCCCGUCGGCGCUUCGACGUCCGCGCAACAGCCCGCGACGGCGUCGUCCCAACAGCCGCCGUCAUCGACGUCUUCGCUCCAUCCGACGGCUGCCGCGCUUUCGUCGCUGCCGUCCACGCUGCUACCGCCGCCCCUGCCGCCGCCAAUCGUCAGGUCCUCCAAAGUCCUCCUCCCCUUUCAUAAGGCUCCUAUUGGGCACUUACUGUCGUCGGUUAAUCAGUGGCCGCCGUCGCCGCAGUCUCCGCUCAAGGCAAUAGGGGUCGCCGUCCCCGCGGCCCCGACUUCAGCCACGGCCUCGACCUCGUCUGUCUCAGCGGGCAGUGAUGCGGCCACAAAUAGCAGUUCCACAGGAGGAGGUGGAGGAGGAGGAGUUGGAGGUGGUGGUGGUGGUGGAGGAGUAGGUGGAGGCAGCAGUGCCUCCACGGUGACAAGUACACGCGGAUCGUCUCGCAGCCGUUCAUCGGAAGAGCCGCAUAUCGGCAAGUACAAACUGCUCAAAACCAUCGGCAAAGGCAAUUUCGCCAAAGUCAAACUAGCCAAACAUGUACCUACUGGGAAGGAGGUCGCGAUUAAAAUCAUUGAUAAAACUCAAUUAUUACCAGGAAGUUUACAAAAACUUUUUAGAGAAGUUAGAAUAAUGAAAAUGUUGGACCAUCCAAAUAUAGUUAAAUUAUUACAAGUUAUAGAAACUGAAAAAACACUAUAUUUAGUUAUGGAAUAUGCUAGUGGAGGUGAAGUAUUUGACUAUUUGGUAUUACACGGGCGCAUGAGAGAAAAAGAAGCAAGAGCCAAAUUUAGACAAAUUGUUUCAGCAGUCCAAUACUGCCAUCAAAAAAGAAUCAUACACAGAGAUUUAAAGGCUGAAAACUUAUUACUGGAUAGUGAAAUGAACAUAAAAAUAGCAGAUUUUGGGUUUAGCAAUGAGUUCACACCUGGUGGUAAACUUUAUACAUUUUGCGGUAGUCCUCCAUAUGCUGCACCUGAACUAUUCCAAGGAAAGCGUUAUGAUGGCCCAGAAGUAGACGUUUGGUCAUUAGGAGUUAUUUUGUAUACAUUGGUUAGCGGUUCUCUGCCUUUUGACGGUUCUACCUUAAGAGAGCUGAGAGAAAGAGUAUUGCGUGGCAAAUAUAGAAUACCGUUUUACAUGUCAACCGAUUGUGAAAAUUUAUUAAAAAAAUUUCUUGUUUUAAAUCCACUUAAAAGAGCAUCAUUAGAGGUCAUCAUGAAAGACAAAUGGAUGAACUUGGGUUGCGAGGAAGAUGAAUUAAAACCUUAUGUAGAACCAGAACAAGAUUUCAAAGAACCAAAACGAAUAGUCUGUCGAGUUACAGAAAUAUUAGUUGGCAUGGGUUAUAGCCGUGGAGAAAUAGAAGAGAGUUUAUCUCAAGCUAAAUAUGAUGACAUAUUUGCCACUUAUUUGCUACUAGGAAGAAAAUCUAACGAUCCUGAAAGUGAUGGUUCUCGAUCUGGUAGUUCAUUAUCUUUGAGAGGAAUCACUGGACCAAAUCCUGGCGUGAAUAACACCAACAAUGUAGUGGCCGUGAACAAUACUAAUCAAUCGCCAUCACAUCGAGGUGUACAUAGAUCAAUAUCUGCUACCAAUUCCAAACCUAGCAGAAGAGCUUCAUCUGGUGGUGAGACUUCUGCUUUGACCACAAACCAUCCAAAUACUAGCAAUGUUCCUGCUACCAAUAAUACGCCAAACAAUCAACAAACAACCCAUAACUCAACAAAUAAAACAAGUAACAGUACCACCAAUUCAACCAAUCACAAUCAUAAUGUGGCCAUUCCAAGUACUAAUUUCAAGCGUCAAAAUACUAUUGACGCGGCCAGCAUCAAAGAAAAUACGGCUAGAAUAAAUUCUAGACCUGAAAAUAUAAUAGGAACAAAACAACGGUCAAUGGCUCCUGGAGGGUCAGUGGGUAGAAGGAGUACAAUUAGUUAUGAUGCUAAAGCAGCUGUAUCAACUCCUCCCGUAAUGGAUCCAGCAAGUGCGUUGGCUGUACCUAAUUCUGGUUCUGGAUGUGGAGAUACACGAUCCAAAGGUCACGUCAAAUCUGCUUCUGUGUCUAGUGCCACAGAACAUGCCACAGAACCUCCUGCCCACCCGAGGGGUGUUACUGUAUCACCUGCAUCACCAGCAGUCAAUAGCCGACAGCCAUUCCCGAGAAAUGUGCCUAGUCGCCAGACCUUUCAUUCAGGUCAAAACAGACAUAGAGGUUACACUGGCGUUGGACCUACUAACAAUACUGGCAGUCCACAUGAUCCAUCUGUGCAAAGGCCAUCAUUCUUUUCAAAAAUAUCAUCCAAGUUUGUUAAACGGCCAAUGGAUCAAAAUCUGCCCAAAAAUAAUAUUGUUAGUAAUACAGUGAAUGACGAUCAAAUGAAACCCAGAUCGUUGAGAUUCACAUGGAGUAUGAAAACAACGUCUACAAGAGACCCAAACGAGAUUAUGGCCGAAAUAAGAGAGGUGCUGGACGCCAACAAUUGCGAUUACGAACAGCGCGAGCGCUUCCUGUUGCUGUGCGUGCACGGCGACCCGAACACCGACUCGCUGGUCCAGUGGGAGAUCGAGGUGUGCAAGCUGCCCAGGCUGUCGCUGAACGGCGUCCGGUUUAAGCGCAUAUCGGGCACGUCGAUCGGGUUCAAGAACAUUGCGUCAAAAAUAGCCAACGAUCUAAAGCUCUGA